GCAUGCUGGGAAAACACGUGUAGCGGAAGACCGGAGAGGCAUCGGUGACGCAAGUUCGCCGCCAUGUCGUCCAAAAAGAACCAGGACGGCGACGAGCGCUUCCUCCGGGUGCAGAAGGACCCCAGGUUCUGGGAAAUGCCCGAGAGAGAGCGCAAAGUCAAGAUCGACAAGCGCUUCCAGUCCAUGUUUCACGACAAGCGCUUCAAGGAGAAGUACACGGUGGACAAACGGGGCCGUCCCAUCAACCACACCUCCACAGAGGACCUGAAGCGCUUCUACAAACUCUCCGACUCAGAGGACGAAGAUGAUGAGGAGGAGGAUGUAAAGGGCAAGAAAAAGAAAAAAGUGAAGGCGAAGCAGGCGAAGGCUGAUGGAGAGGUGAAGAAAGGAAAAGCCGUGCAGAGCGGCGAUGGCGAGGCCAAAGCGGAGCAGCCCGAACGAGGCGUCAGAGUUGUUGAAGAAGAUGAGGAAGAUGAUGAUGAUGAGGAGGAGGAUGGAGGAUGCUGACCUGGGAGACAGUGUCACGGACGGCAGUGAGGAGGAUGAAGAUGAUGAUGAAGAAGACGACGAAGAUGAUGAUGAAGAAGAGGAGGAGAGUGAUGUGGCGAGCGGAUCAGACGAGGAGGAGUCCGGUCUGGAUUCGGGCGAGGACAGUGACAGCGGGCCGGAUCUGGCCAGAGGGAAGGGAAACAUAGAGACCAGCUCGGAUGAAGACGAUGAUGACGAUGUGGACGCCAUCCUGCGGAAAGAGGAAGAGGAGAUUGAACACGACUGGGGGGAGCUGUGCAAAGACGCUCCACGGAGUGACGAGGUUUCUGCCCGACUGGCCGUCUGCAACAUGGACUGGGACCGGAUGAAAGCCAAAGACCUGCUGGCUCUGUUGAACUCCUUCACACCUAAAGGAGGCGCUGUGCUGUCUGUCAAGGUCUACCCAUCAGAGUUUGGGAAGGAGAGGUUGAAGGCGGAGGAGACUCAGGGACCGCCGGAGCUGAGUCGAGCUCUGCCCGACGACUCAGACGACGACACCGAGGAGGAGAGGGUUUACAGAGAGAAGAUGCGUGACUACCAGUUCAAGCGGCUGAAGUAUUUCUACGCUGUAGUGGAGUGUGACUCAAAUGACACCGCCGCCAAAAUCUACGAGGAGUGUGACGGCUACGAGUAUGAGAGCAGCUGCUCCGUCCUGGACCUCCGGUUUAUUCCCGAUGAUGUCAAGUUUGACGAGGAGCCCAAAGACGUGGCGACGGAUGUGAACCUCUCGGCCUACACGCCCAAACUGUUCACCUCAUCUGCCACUACGACGUCAAAGGUGCAGCUGACGUGGGAUGAGACGGACCACGAGCGAGUCACCGCCCUGAACAGGAAUUUCAAUAAGAACGAGCUGCUGGACAUGGACUUCAACGCCUACCUGGCCUCCUCCAGCGAAGAAGAAGAAGACGACGAGGGCGAAGAAGGAAGGAUCGAGUUUGGAGACGAUGACAGCACAGCUGGAGCUGAACGGACAGAAGAGCGUGUUGUGGAGGUGGAGAAGAAACCCCAGAAGGAGGAAGAGAAGAAGAAGGCGAAGAAGAAGAACAGUGAGGAGCAGAUCUCCAAGUACAGAGAGCUGCUGAAAGGUAUCCAGGACAAAGAGAAGAAGCUGCAGGGAGACAAAGACAUGGAGAUGGAGAUCACCUGGGUGCCAGGGCUGAAGGAGACGACGGAGCAGCUGGUGAAGAAGAAGUUGGAGGGGAAGGACAAGCUGACGCCCUGGGAGGAGUUCCUGGAGAAGAAGAAAGAGAAGAAGAAACAGAAGAAAUCUCAAAGAAAGCAGGGAGAGACUGUUGGUCACAUUAUUACUGUUGUUGAACGAGGACUUUUCACCUCUUAAUAAGAAUGUUGUAGA